UUGAACCGGAGACGAGCCUAAAAGUCUAAAACCUCAAACUGUAUAGAAUCUAUACUUAGCCAGAUUGGCAGUGCUGCCGAGUCUCACCAGUCACCAGCCAGAUCUCAAAAUCUCUUAACCACCUCGCUCCCUGGAGUGGAGGUAAAAGCAUUUCCAUCUCCCUCCUCGAUCUCUUCUCGUUACAGUCUGUGAAUUUGGAUCCGACCUUGAUCUCAUGUGAUCGGAUUCCGCAGUGUAGAUCUCCGAAGAUAACGAAGCUUGAAGGCUUUCGAAUUGCGUAGUGCAAAGGAAAAUGGCGGGCGGAGCUGCUGGAGGGUUCGUGACUCGAGCUUUCGAGUCCAUGCUCAAGGAGUGUGCCAACAAGAAGUAUCCUGCUCUCCAGACAGCUAUCCAGACGUAUUUAGAUGGUACAAAGGUGUUGAGUCAACAAUCAACACCCAUUGAGAGUAAUGAAGCAGCAUCAACUGACAGUCAGAGUUCUCCUGAAAAAGAUGCAGGAUCUGAAAUGGGUGCCUCUGCAGCUUCACCAAAUGGCAACAUCACUACAGCUUUAGCAGAGGCAGGUCAUACACUAAGUGGAGCUGAGGCAGAGCUUGUUCUCAGUCCUCUUAAACAUGCAUUUGAGACAAAGAAUAUGAAAGUCAUGGAGCUUGCUUUAGAUUGUCUUCAUAAACUCAUUGCAUAUGACCAUUUAGAGGGAGAUAUUGGUUUUGAAGGUGGGAAAAAUGUGCCACUGUUUUCAGACAUCUUGAACAUGGUCUGCAGUUGUGUGGAUAAUUUGUCACCUGAUAGCACUACUCUUCAACUAUUGAAGGUACUUCUUACUGCUGUUGCAUCCACAAAGUUUAGAGUUCAUGGGGAACCACUGCUUGGGGUAAUUCGUGUGUGCUAUAAUAUCGCUCUUAACAGCAAGUCCCCAAUAAAUCAAGCGACAUCGAAAGCCAUGUUAACCCAGAUGCUCAGUACUGUGUUUAGGCGGAUUGAAACUGACCUGAAAGUGGGUGCUUCAGCAGAUUCAUCCAGCUCAAAUGCUGAGGAGGUGCCAUCUGAUGAUCAGAGCCAGAAAGAUUUGGCGUUAGGAGACUCAUCUGGUGCCAGUGUGGAGGAACUACAGAAUCUUGCUGGUGGGGCUGAUAUUAAGGGUUUAGAGGCUGCUCUUGAGAAAGCUGUGCGUCUUGAAGAUGGUGAAAAGGCAACAAGAGGGGUCUCUGACAGUCUGAGUGUUGAGCGACGUGAUGCUUUGCUUCUCUUCCGCACCCUUUGCAAGAUGGGUAUAAAAGAAGACAAUGAUGAAGUUACAACUAAAACACGCAUUUUAUCCCUGGAGCUUUUACAGGGCCUGCUGGAAGGUGUUAGUCAAUCAUUCACAAAAGACAUUCAUUUCAUUGAUUCUGUGAAAGCAUACAUUUCUUAUGUAUUGCUUCGAGCUUCAGUGUCACAUACUCCUGUCAUAUUUCAGUACGCAACCGGAAUUUUCUCUGUACUUAUGUUAAGAUUCAGGGAAAGUCUCAAGGGUGAAAUUGGGGUUUUCUUUCCCUUGAUUGUUUUGCGCCCGUUGGAUGGACCAGACUUGAACCCAAAAUCAAGUGUUCUCAAAAUGCUAGAGAAAAUAUGCAGAGACUCACAGAUGCUUGUUGACCUGUAUGUGAACUAUGAUUGUGAUCUCAAUGCUCCAAACUUGUUUGAGCGCAUGGUGACCACUUUAUCCAAAAUUGCUCAAGGGACUCAAAAUGCAGAUCCAAACUCAGUUGCUAUGUCUCAGAUGGGAUCCAUCAAAGCAUCAUCCCUACAGUGCCUUGUAAAUGUGUUAAAAUCACUUGUUGAUUGGGAGAAAAACCAGAGAGAAGCUGACAGAGUUAAUGAAGGGAAACAGUCUUCUGGAGAAGGUUCAAAUAGAGAACCAAAUGACGUAAGAAGCAGGGAAGAUGUACCCACUGACUUUGAGAAGUUGAAGGCCCACAAAUCUACAAUAGAAGCUGCAAUUUCUGAAUUUAAUAGGCAGCCUGGUAAGGGGAUUGAAUAUUUGAUAUCAAGUGGGUCGGUUGAGAGGUCUCCUGCUUCAGUUGCUCAAUUUCUUCGGAGUACUUCCAACUUGGACAAGGCUAUGAUUGGAGACUACUUGGGUCAGCAUGAGGAAUUCCCACUUGCUGUGAUGCAUGCUUAUGUUGACUCUAUGAAUUUUUCUGGAAUGAAGUUUGAUAUGGCAAUUCGUGAAUUUCUCAGAGGGUUUCGACUUCCUGGGGAAGCUCAGAAGAUAGACCGCAUUAUGGAAAAGUUUGCAGAGCGUUACUGUGCAGACAAUCCUGAUCUGUUCAAGAAUGCAGACACAGCUUAUGUUCUAGCAUAUGCAGUUAUAAUGUUGAAUACUGAUGCUCAUAACCCUAUGGUCUGGCCAAAAAUGUCAAAGGAGGAUUUUAUUCGCAUAAAUGCUAUGAAUGAAGCUGAAGAGAGUGCUCCUACGGAACUCUUGGAGGAGAUUUAUGAUUCUAUUGUUAAAGAAGAGAUAAAAAUGAAAGAUGAUCCACUUGCAAAAAAUAGCAAGCACAAGCCAGAACCUGAGGAGAGCGGUCGACUUGUCAGUAUUCUUAAUCUAGCUCUUCCAAAAAGGAAGUCUUUGACUGAUUCAAAGUCGGAGAGUGAGGCUAUCAUCAAACAGACACAAGCUAUUUUCAGAAAUCAAGGUGGGAAAAGAGGAGUGUUUUAUACUUCACACAAUAUAGAGCUUGUGCGCCCAAUGGUUGAAGCUCUAGGAUGGUCGCUGCUUGCUACUUUUGCAGUUACUAUGGAAGAGGGGGAAAAUAAAUCCAGGGCUGUUCUUUGUAUGGAAGGAUUAAAAGCUGGAAUUCACAUCACACAUGUUCUUGGAAUGGACACCAUGCGCUAUGCAUUUUUGUCUUAUCUGUUUAGAUUUAAUUUGUUACAUGCACCAAAGGACAUGAGAAGUAAAAAUGUGGAAGCAUUGCGGACUCUUCUGGUUUUAUGUGAUUCAGAUCCUGGUGCACUCCAGGAGUCAUGGAAUGCAGUGCUUGAGACUAUUUCCCGGCUUGAAUUUAUUAUAUCUACACCUUUUAUGGCUGCUAGUGUGAUGCAAGGAUCUAACCAGAUAUCUCGAGAUUCUCUUCUUCAGUCACUGAGAGAGUUGGCAGGAAAAUCUGCUGAGAAGGUGUUUGUGAAUAGUGUCAAAUUGCCCAGUGAAUCUGUAGUGGAAUUUUUUACUUCUUUGUGUAAUGUGUCUGCCGAGGAAUUAAGACAGCUUCCACCACGCGUGUUCAGCUUGCAAAAACUUGUGGAGAUCAGUUACUACAACAUGGCUCGUAUAAGAAUGGUUUGGGCAAGAAUAUGGUCUGUGCUAGCUAAUCAUUUCAUUUUUGCUGGGAGUCACCCUGAUGAAAGAGUAGCUAUGUAUGCCAUAGAUUCUCUGCGGCAACUUGGAAUGAAAUAUUUAGAGCGUGCUGAACUUGCCAAUUUCACAUUUCAGAAUGAUAUUUUAAAACCAUUUGUAAUUCUUAUGCGUAACAGCCAAAGUGAAUCCAUAAGGAGGCUUAUUGUCGAUUGCAUAGUACAAAUGAUAAAAUCUAAGGUUGGAAGUAUAAAAUCUGGUUGGCGGAGUGUGUUCAUGAUUUUUACAGCUGCUGCAGAUGAUGAAUCAGUACAAAUUGUUGAAAAUGCCUUUGAAAAUGUAGAACAGGUUAUCCUGGAACAUUUUGAUCAAGUAGUUGGAGAUUGUUUCAUGGAUUGUGUCAAUUGCUUAAUCAGGUUUGCCAAUAAUAAGAGCUCCCACAGAAUCAGUUUGAAGGCUAUUGCACUGCUUCGUAUUUGUGAGGAUCGACUUGCUGAGGGUCUUAUACCAGGUGGCGCUUUGAAACCCAUUGAUGAUAAUGCAGAUACAUCUAGUGAUGUUACUGAGCAUUAUUGGUUCCCCAUGCUGGCUGGUCUCUCAGAUCUAACUUCUGACCCACGUCUAGAAGUUAGAAACUGUGCACUAGAGGUUUUAUUUGAUCUGUUGAAUGAGAGGGGCGGCAAGUUCUCGUCUUCGUUUUGGGAGAGUAUAUUCCACCGUGUGCUCUUUCCCAUUUUUGAUCAUGUUAGACAUGCUGGACAAGAGAAUUUAAAUUCUUCUAGAGAUGAGUGGCUGCGUGAAAGUAGCAUCCAUUCACUCCAGUUGUUGUGUAAUCUGUUCAACACUUUCUACAAGGAUGUUUGUUUUAUGCUGCCUCCACUUCUCAGUUUGUUGUUAGAUUGUGCCAAAAAAACUGAUCAAUCAGUGGUGUCACUCUCUCUGGGAGCAUUAGUGCAUUUGAUUGAAGUUGGUGGACACCAAUUUAGUGACAGUGAUUGGGAUACCUUGUUACAAAGCAUAAGAGAUGCUUCAUAUACAACGCAACCCCUUGAGCUCCUCAACAAUUUAGGUUUUGAAAAUGCGAAGGAUAAUACGCUAGGAGAUUCUAAAGUCUCUCCAGUUCAUAGUCCGACCCAAAUGUUCAAUGGGAGUACACCUGGUACUGUGUCAGAAGGUAUUGGUGCUGAUGGCACUGCAAAGCUUCAUAAUGCAUCAGACAUGCUGGAUGACAAUCAAGGGAUGGUGCGGCCUGUUGAUCAGGAUGGAGCUGAAGGCAUACCUUCACCUUCUGGGAGAGCUAAAGAUUCUGGAGAUCUCCAAAGGAGCCAAACAUUUGGUCAGAAAAUUAUGGGAAAUAUGAUGGAGAAUCGCUUUCUCAGAAGUUUUACAUCCAAACCCAGAAGUCCAACUUUUGAAGUUUUGGCACCUUCGUCUUCACCUAAGAUUUCCCAUGAUGUGGAGCCUGAUGCAAGAGAAGAGGAUGAAAGUUCAAUGUUGGCAACAAUUAGAAGCAAGUGCAUCACUCAGUUGUUGCUUUUAGGUGCUAUUGACAGUAUUCAGAAGAAGUACUGGAACAAGUUGAAGGCUGCACAAAAAAUCAGUAUAAUGGACAUCUUGUUGUCAGUGCUAGAGUUUGCUUCAUCAUAUAAUUCGUACACAAGUCUCCGAUUGCGGAUGCAUCAAAUCCCUGCAGACAGGCCACCAUUAAAUCUACUCCGCCAGGAGUUGGCUGGAACUUCUAUCUACCUUGAUAUCUUACAAAAGACAACUGCUGUAUUUAAUAGUGAAAAUGAUGAACUGGAUGAAAAGAGUAGUUCUCAGAAUGGAAAUCUUGUGGUUAGAACUGAUGCCAAGUUGACAGGAAAAGUUGAAGAAGAUAAACUUCAAGGAUUUGCAGAAGAGAAGCUGGUGUCAUUUUGUGGACAGGUUUUGAGGGAAGCAUCUGACUUCCAGUCCAGCAUGGGGGAAAAUACUAAUAUGGAUGUUCAUCGAGUUCUAGAACUACGGUCUCCCAUCAUUGUUAAGGUGCUGAAGGGCAUGUGCACUAUGAACAGACAAAUAUUCAGGAGUCAUCUACGGGAGUUCUAUCCUUUGAUUACUAAACUUGUAUGCUGUGACCAGAUGGAUGUACGUGGAGCUCUUUCCGAUCUAUUCAUUAACCAGUUGAAUGGGCUGUUAAAGUAACAAUUUUAAUGCCAUAAUGUGUGGGGGGAAGUACAAGAAUCUGUUAAAGAGGUUUCCAAACCAGAAUGUGAGGAAUACAUCGUAAAGCCCUUUCAUCGGAUCAUCCUCAUUCCUCAAUCUGAUUGAUGCCGCCCUUGUGAAGCAACUCUGCAUUUUUGAAUUUCUUUUACCAUAAAUUUUUGCUUUGAUAAACAUUUCAACAUCUCUCCACCGACUGGUACACCUCUGUAGUCUGUAGCAAGUGGAAAUUGGAUUCAUCUUUUGGCCGAGCGCACGUUCUAUAGACUCUCUCUGGCCUGUUUGGUAUCCAGGUGUGGGGAUAGAGUGUAGUUAAUCCCCACCAACCAGGAGGGUGAACCGAACCUAUCAAUUUUUGUGUUAGUUUGAUUCUAAUUUUCAUAUAGGGUAGUUUUGCCCAUGUGUAUGCCAAGGGCAAAAUACUUGUUAUAGAACUGCAAGAAGUGGCUUUGAAGUUGAAUUUAUGAUUCUUGCCGGCAGUAGUAAAUUGAGAUGUAAUUUCCCAUCAACAACCAAACUAAACGAACAAACUCAAUUUUCAUUAAGAAAUUAAACCUGAAAAUGAAUGUCAUACAUA